UGGAGAAAUAAGUCCAUGUUGGUCUCUGGCUGACUCUCUUUCUCUUCUGUCCCCCCCCCCCUUCCAGCCACCAUGACUCAUGCGUAUCCCUUCCUGAGUGCUGAGCAGAAGAAGGAGCUCAGCGGCAUCGCCCAGCGGAUCGUAGCUGCUGGGAAAGGCAUCCUGGCAGCGGAUGAAUCCACAGGCAGCAUGGCCAAGCGCUUCCAGGGCAUCAACACCGAGAACACGGAGGAGAACCGGCGGCUUUACCGCCAGCUCCUCUUCACCGCCGACGAGCAGGUCAACGCCUGCAUCGGCGGCGUCAUCUUCUUCCACGAGACGCUCUAUCAGAAGACAGACGACGGCAAGCCCUUCGCCCAGCUGGUCAAAGAGAGGGGCAUGGUGGUGGGGAUCAAGGUGGACAAGGGGGUGGUUCCCCUCGCCGGCACCAACGGAGAGACAACCACUCAAGGUCUGGACGGGCUCUACGAGCGCUGUGCUCAGUACAAGAAGGACGGAGCCGACUUCGCCAAGUGGCGAUGUGUGUUAAAGAUCACCGACACCACGCCGUCACAGCUGGCCAUCAUGGAGAACGCCAACGUGCUGGCUCGCUACGCCAGCAUCUGCCAGAUGCAUGGCAUCGUGCCCAUCGUGGAGCCCGAGAUCCUUCCAGACGGGGACCAUGACCUGCAGCGCUGCCAGUAUGUCACUGAGAAGGUGAGUGGGGGGGUUUUCUCACCUCGGAUAUGAGGGCUCUUACUACUCCAGGAAAA